AUGACGGAAUUAAAAACUUAUUAUGUGGUCGAUUCUUUGCCGAGUAACUCAUUUAUGGAUUCCUCAUCGUUUGGUAAACUUUCGCUGAAAUCGGCCAAAGAUGAUGAAGAUUCAGAAGCCGAUGGUCUUCUACUAUGGGUUGCUUCAGGUGACGAUAAUGACAUGGAUAUCGGCUCCAAUUCCUCCUGUGUGAAAUGGUAUCAAAAGGAGAUCUGGCAGCUUACUAAGCUCCCCUAUUAUGAAGAUCUUGAGAGACAAGCGAAUAAAACUAUUGCAAGCAUUAAGGCUGGUUUAUCGCACGCAAUACUUCUUAAUGAUCCAAUUACUGGUUUCUUGCACUGGGUACCAGAACUAGAGCGCUACAUCGAUUAUCAUGGUCGUCGUUUGAGCAAAGAUGAUCACAUCCUUUUUGUUCGCUUAUUGAACUGCUUAGUUAAGAAAGGCAAUACAUUCAAAGACGUUAAAAUCGCAAUGCAUUGUCUUAACAAGUUACUCGGGAAACGUGAUUUUCUUUUACGUGGCGAUUUGGAAAUCGACUGGCGACCAUUAUUUGACUUGUAUGUUGAAGUUUCUUACAAAAACUUGGAGGAAGAUGGCAUAUUUCUUAUGCCCGAUGGCUUUAGAAAUGAAUUACAAACAUAUAUUUCUCAUUCACGACGGUAUUUCUCAGAUAACGCAACACAGCAGUUGCUUGAUGAGUUGCGACCUUUGAUGUGCGUCUGGGAUGAGUCUAUAGUACGUGCUUGGCGACUGCUGGAGAUGUUCGUGCCAAUGAAUCUCUUACCAGAUAGGCAGAUUACUCAUGGUAAUGAGCUCCAAGGGAGUGGAUUGUGGUUGGAUGAGGCAUGGCAUUGGUUUAUAACAGUAGAGAACAAUAAUUUAGUAGAAGCGUCCAUUCUCAAGAUGUUCGUAAGGUUAUCAGUUGAAUGCCCAGGGUCUGUUGAUUGGACUGACAAACUUGAUGUCAUUUUCACGAAGUUGAUUCGAUCGUUUCGUCUGGGUAGCGUCGUAGGGCUUUGUCAACAGUUCAAUCUAGAAGGUGCAUCAGGUUUCAUCACCUACGCAAUGGGAACCCAGUGUCACGACAAGCUAUCGUUGUGCGUUCUGUCUCGAGUAAAGAGGGAACGCAUGGAGAAGAAUUCCAGCAAGUGUCGUACAUUCGUUAAGAUUCCAGCCUCGAUGCGGCUUACACAGGCUCACCUUGACGAGUUUGUCACACAGAUAUUACCGUGCCUCAAGUUAGCGAUGUUCUCCAAAGCUCGAAAUGAAUUCGUGGCUCCAAUCGUGAAGUGCUGCUGCAGUAUAAGCCCAAAAAUUGUGCUGCCAGCGGUUCUUGACAUCGUGUAUCCGGCACUAGAGACUCUCACUGAACCACAUCGCUUACUACAAGCUCUCCAAGUGCUCGUUGCCGUGGCGCCAGUACUCGCCAAAGAUCAACCUGACAAAAAUGGAAAGACAUUUCGAAUCCACGCUAUCAACCUUAUGAAUUCUCUUCUCCCUGGACUGGAUCAGAACGAUAUGGGGAAGUGUUUGACAACAUUUCAGAUCGUUGGUGUGCUGGUGAAUUUGAUUCCGCUUGUUGAUUGCUCUGAGGCAAUCCAUCAUCGUUCGGACUUGACUGAAGAUGAAAAAGAGCUAUGUUCAGCCACAGCCAAUUUCGACAGCAUUAUUGCUAUGUUUAUGGACAAAUUGUUGUCGAUGAUGGUGGAGUACGGAGAGGCAGCAGCGUUUACCGGUUCUCACACCAACAUAAACACCAAAACAAGAGCAAAUAUGGAUGAUCAUAUCUUGCAUAGAGGUACUAUUUCGGUGUUCAAAGGAAUAUGCCGGAACUCAAGCACAGAAUUGUACAAGGUGGCGGUUGAUCGGUUGUAUAACUUCAUGUGUGAGAAUGUUUUCGAUAGUAAAACCGUAUCGACAGCCAUUGCAGAUAUGGUGUUCGUAGCCGUAAAGAUGUAUCCUUCAUUAUCGUUCGUCCGAUUCUUCUCGUUGAUCAAAAAGAAGCUGCAGCAGUGCAUUUGCAUUGAGACGUAUGCUGAAGAAAAGGUGGAUUUCCAAGUGAUUUGGUGGCUAUCUAUGACUGACCGAGUUCUCAAGGCUCCCUCCAGUUAUCUGCUUGAGAACUGGGCUGAUGUUCGUGCAGUACUCGAACUAGUAUUGCCACUAAAAAAGUGUACAUUGGCUACUGAGAAGGCCGCUGCCAUUUUUGAAAGUGUGCUGGAGGGACUUUGUAGCAUCUACCUGCUUGAAUCACCAACACGGAGAGCAAAUGCUGACAAGAGCUUGGAAGAUGCUUUGGCUAUCCGGCAUUGGUCCGCUACCGUGGACAAAAAAACGUGGCACCCACAGUGGCAUAUUCCAUCACAAGAAGACAUUGAUCGAGCCGCUGAGUUAUUCCGAGACUUUGUAAUGCCUCAACUGCAAGCUCUGGCCACUCCACAUGGCAUGGACAAAAAAGAAGUCAUGCAUCAUCUCCUCCUGAUACGCAAUGCCGUGCUAGGGGCAUCAGCUUCGAUACCGUUUUUCGAAGGACCGAAUUAUGGCUUAGAACAAUCGCCGUCGCUUGAGGAAGUUGAACAUCCUAUUGCUCGCCCACUAAAUGCUCCAGUACUCACUCUAAAUGGCUGCAGUGUUCGAGACAUUGUGCUUGAUAGUAUGCGCCACUUACUCGACUAUUUGUUUGAGCACUCAGAGGAUGAUGUUAAGUCGAUUCAACAGAUUGUUGUUCUUCUGAAUACUCUGGCAUCCUGCCGAGGCUUAAAUUCUGAGUUAUUUGUCACAUCGGUAUUGAGUUACCGCACAACGAAAGCAAUUCUCAGCGAUCAAAUUGCUGGAAAUCGUGGAAAUAUCGAAAUGCUUUCGGAGGAAUACACUCUAUUGAUGCAUAAGAAACGAAAUGUUACGCAAAGCGGGUACCAAUGCAAACCGCAGCAUGUAGAGAUUCUACGCAUGCUGGUUAGGAUUGGUACUAGUACGUAUAGUCAGAAUCGUGUGAAAGCUCAACUGGUACUAGUGAAUUUGCUGAAGGACUAUCCGUUCGCUUACAAGAGCAUCAUUGGAGAGCUGACUGCACUUCUCGAUCCAGCUAGCAACUCGUCACACGAACAAAUCAAGGGUGCCCUGCAUAUACUCACUGACCAUAAACGUGAUGCAUUGGUUUUGCGAGCCGGUUUUGAAGCACAGUUGCUAGCGAUGCCGGCCAUUGUCGGUACCAGUCACAGUGAGAAACCGUCCAUCAUCGAUUUAUUGGAGCAAGCACAAAAUUCCAUUGUUGAACUGUACGAAAGUUAUCGAAUUGAAUACGAGAUAUCGGACGAAAUGCGGUCAAUCGCCAUGUCGUUGCUAGAUGAAAAGGAAGCUUGCCCGUUGAAUGCAAGUCAUGGAAUGCCAUCGGAAAAGGUUAUGAAGGCGAAUGCAAACAAUUUAGCGAAAUUGAAAGAGAAGCACACAAGGCAGUACUAUGAGUUAGCCGAAAAACUUUUGUCACUGGCCACGGACCCCAACCUUCACUGGCGACAUGUUGAUAUGGCUCAAGCUUUCCUUUCACUGCUUGUGCGCAGAGACGUACCGUAUCCAGAACCAGCUCUUCGGAUGUGGGUUCGCCUUUUGGUUCACGAUACAGUGAAAGCUCGUAGAAUGGCAACGGCAGUGGUUGCUAGUUGGUUGAAAUUGAACAAACCAAAGGCUCUCAAACGGGAAUGGGUUAUCUUGAACAAGGAGCCGAACACCUCUGUAGGCGCUCGGUGGCCAAUCCAUUAUGGCAUCAGAGAUGACAAUCGAUGCAUGAUGUAUGAGGAAGAGUUACUACCCAAAACGGAGGAAGAGUGGGAUAAAUUCCAGUUCUGCGGAAAGCAGCACUGGGGCUUUUACACAUGGCCAGAGAAACUUAUAACCUAUGCACCGCUGGGAGAACAGAAUGCUAUUGACAGACACGACGAAGAUUUAUCGGAGACGGAGCGAUUUAUUGUGGAAACAUUCCGAGAUCCAGAGUUUUCGGCCCGCUUGCGAGAGCUUUUCGCUGUUGAAGAAUCUAAAGAGGAUUCAUUCAAUGCUGUGAAUUUUUCCCUAUUCCAGGGGCUCUUCCGCUGUUUUAACGACAUCCUUUGCGGCGUUUUCAAAGAACAUCUAGAGGUGCUCAUCAUGAGCUCGAAGGGCAGCGACCAAAAGUUGGCGUCUGAAAUUGUGGCUGGCAUCAUAAACGGAUCUAAGCUAUGGAAAUGGAGGCGUCAGAAAAAGCUGUGGACUUGGCUUUCUCCGCUGUUGACACGUGCUUUCGAAAACAUGAAGGAAGAAGCCAUGAGAAAUUGGGGUGUAUGUGUGGCGACUGUAUGUGGUUGUUCGGAGUCCCGUAUGUUGAAGCCACUGUUGGAUAUCCUUUUUGCGCUGGUCAACAGGCCUACGGAAAGCGCCUUUGCUGCACAAUCACGUCUGUUCCUGUUGCAAGGGGGAUUGUGUCAAUUCGAGUGGCGUACAAUUGAGCUAUGGAAUAAAGUGGUUGCACUCAUAUCCAAACCUGCUGUGGCUCAGCAAUACGCCAAUCUUCGAGAUCGUAUGGCGAUAUCUCUUGUGACAGCCUCAUGGUUCGAUUUGCCAACAAUUUACUACAGUCCUGGUAUACCGGACUCCUUACGCGCCCCCACAGUAGCCCACUGCAUUGGAUUGUACAAUCAGCAUAACGGAACAGGAGACUCCGAAGUGAAGCGAGCCGCUCGUCUUGCUCUGAAGGGAGCGCUAUCGUUUACCUUACAUGUUGCCGGACAGUCCCUUACCUCACUACCUCCGUCAAUCUUGCAACUUUUGCCUAUAUUCUGUCAUUAUAGUAAUGAUGUUGGUGAUGAAGAGUUGUAUAAACAAUGUUUUUCCUUGUUAUCCAAGCUUCUACAAGCGACUUAUAUUCCGGAGGCACAUUUACCGUGUAUUAUGCAAGUGUUUCGGCAGAUACUGCAAUCUCCAUGUUGGUGGAAGUCUAAAGUGACCUUGCUUUGGUUGAUGAAAGUGCUAGUUUUCUCCAAUCAGUACGUGUUUGCCACUGUACAGGAAGAUAUUGGUCAGCUACUGAUGUGUUGCCUGAGCGAAAGUCAACUGGAAGUUCGUCAAACUGCUGCGAAUACCUUGUCUGGAUUGAUUCAAAGCUCGUUUUUCUCGGUUACUUCAGAGCUACUGGCCGCCUUCAAUGAUCGUGCAAACUCGAAGGACCCCAUAAUUCGCCAUGGUGGUGUACUCGGAUUGUCGGCUGUUGUACUUGCCUCUCCGUACACGGUACCAUCCUAUCUUCCCGAUGUUCUAAUGCGAUUGUGCCGAUAUGCGUCGGAGAAGCAACCCAUCAAAGAUACUGUCAAGCGAACAUUGUCCGAGUUCAAACGAACUCAUCAAGAUUCAUGGCGUGAGCACGAGGCUCAAUUCAAUGAGGAUCAGUUGUGUGCGCUGAGAGAUCUUUUUGUGUCACCAAACUACUACGUUUAA